CAUUCUUAAAAUCUAAAAAAAAUUCGGUAUUAGACAAGGCCUAGUUAAUUUUAAAUGCCUGCCUUGGUCAGCAUCAGGCACUGCAUAGCAGCAGCAGUAUAAAAAAUCAUUAGCUACCCCCAAUUUUCCUCCCGGGCGGCCGGUGUGCAAGCAAAGUCGUUGUAGAAACACUAGAUCUUCGUCCUCGCAGCAGAGCAGAACUGCAGAGGGCAGAGUAGAGCCAUGGCAGCCAGCAGCUCCGAUCAAGUUCCUCCAGCCGCAAUGAAGCUGGAGGGCAAGGUGGCGCUGAUCACCGGCGGCGCGAGCGGCAUCGGGGAGUGCACGGCGCGGCUCUUCGUGAAGCACGGCGCGCGCGUCGUGGUGGCGGACAUCCAGGACGAAGCCGGCGCCGCUCUCUGCGCCGAGCUGGGCGCCGACGCCGUCGCCAGCUACGUGCACUGCGACGUCACCGUCGAGGCCGACGUCGCGGCGGCCGUGGACCACGCCGUGGCCCGGUUCGGCGCGCUGGACAUCAUGUUCAACAACGCGGGCAUCGGCGGCGCGGCUUGCCACAGCAUCCGGGAGAGCACCAAGGAGGACUUCGAGCGCGUGCUCUCCGUCAACCUCGUGGGACCGUUCCUGGGCACCAAGCACGCGGCGCGGGUCAUGGUCCCCGCGGGCCGCGGCGGCUGCAUCAUCGGCACGUCCAGCCUCGCCUCCGCGGUGGCCGGCGCCGCGUCGCACGCCUACACGUGCGCCAAGCGCGGCCUCGUGGCGCUCACGGAGAACGCCGCCGCGGAGCUGGGUCGCCACGGGAUCCGGGUCAACUGCGUCUCGCCCGCCGCGGCUGCCACGCCGCUCGCCACGGCGUACGUGGGACUGGAGGGGGAGGCGUUCGAGCAGGCCAUGGAGGCCGUCGCUAACCUCAAGGGCGUUCGCCUGCGGGUGGCGGACAUCGCCGCCGCCGUGCUCUACCUCGCCAGCGACGACGCGCGGUACAUCAGCGGGCACAACCUGCUCCUCGACGGGGGCUUCUCCAUCGUCAACCCGUCCUUUGGGAUCUUCAAAGAUUGAGCUUGAGUGCUUGACAGAGUCACAGAUAUAUUACUCCACAGAGAUCUGCUCCGGCUCGAUCUCAGUUCCAUGCUUUUUGAAGAGAGGUAGGUAUUGAUCUGUAUCAGUGAGCUCCAUGUGUCGCAUGGUGCAGAAGCCUGCUGUACUUGUAUGAACAGUGUAGCUGUUGCACCAAUUCCUAAUACUAGUGGACGAGCGUCUUAUGUAUUCGGACGCGUGUCUA